AUGGCUCAGGAGAAGAAGGCGGAGGAGCAGGAGAGGAUCGCGGAUGCCACCCCAGCCGUUCCCAAGCUGUGGAGCAGUCACUGUGAUGGAGAGGUGCUCCUGAGGCUGUCCAAACAUGGGCCAGGCCACGAGACCCCGAUGACCAUCCCCGAGCUGUUACAGGAGUCUGUCGAGCGGUUCAGCGCUUACCCAAUCCUAGCCUCGAAGAACGGCAAGAAGUGGGACAUCCUGACAUUCAGCCAGCUCUACGAAGCGUGUCGCAAGGCAGCCAGGUCGCUGAUCAAGCUGGGCCUGCAACGCUUCCACAGUGUUGGCAUCUUGGGCAUUAACUCCCCCGAGUGGAUCAUUGCUGCCCUGGGCUCCAUCUUGGCUGGGGGCUUCUAUGUUGGUAUUUAUGUCACCAACUCGGCCGAGGCUUGCCAGUACGUCAUUAAUCACGCCAACGUGAAUGUCUUAGUGGUGGAGAACAGCCAACAGCUGCAGAAAAUCCUGUUGAUUCCACCAGACAAGAUGGAGUCUGUGAAAGCCAUUGUGCAGUACAAAUUGCCCUUGAUGGAAACCGACAGGAACCUGUACUCUUGGCAUGACUUCAUAGAGCUGGGGAACAGCAUCCCCAACGUGCAGCUGGAUCGGAUCAUCUUAAGCCAGAAGGCCAACCAGUGUGCGGUCAUCAUCUACACCUCAGGGACCACAGGAAACCCCAAAGGGGUGAUGCUGAGCCACGACAAUAUCACGUGGACAGCAGGGGCUAUGGCACGUGUGGUGGAGGCGAGCCACGUCAUGGGCAAGCAGGAAACAAUAGUCAGUUACCUGCCCCUCAGCCACAUCUCAGCCCAGAUACUGGACAUGUGGACCGCCAUCAAAGUAGGGGGGCUUACUUUCUUCGCUCAACCAGAUGCACUCAGGGGCACCUUGAUAUUCACUCUUCAGGAGGUAAAGCCUACAAUUUUCCUGGGGGUGCCACGAGUCUGGGAAAAGAUGCAGGACACUAUCAAGGAGAAUGUGAGCAGGUCCUCCAGCCUGAGGAAGAAGGCGUUUGCGUGGGCGAAGUUACUUGGCUUGAAAGUCAACACCAAACGGAUGCUGGGGAAACAAGACAUCCCCAUGAACUACCGUAUGGCAAAGGCCCUGGUGUUCACGAAGGUCAGGACCUCCCUGGGCCUGGAGCACUGCCACACCUUCUUAAGUGGGGCUGCGCCCCUCUCCCAGGAGGUCUUGGAGUUCUUUCUCAGCCUGGACAUCCCCAUUGGUGAGAUCUACGGGAUGAGUGAAUGCUCUGGACCCCACUCGAUCUCCUCCAAGACCAACUACAGAGUUCUGAGCUGCGGCAAGGUUCUUGACGGCUGCAAGAGCAUGUUGUACCAGCAGAACAAAGAUGGCAUUGGUGAGGUGUGCAUUUGGGGCCGGCAUGUCUUCAUGGGCUACCUGGACAGGGAGGAAGACACACUGGAUGCCCUCGAUGACAACGGCUGGCUGCAUUCUGGGGACAUGGGCCGCCUGGACAGUCACGAUUUUCUCUAUAUCACUGGCCGCAUCAAAGAAAUCCUGAUCACGGCUGGUGGCGAGAAUGUGCCCCCCAUCCCCAUCGAGACCCUAGUGAAGGAGAAAAUUCCCAUCAUUAGCAACGCCAUGCUGGUGGGCGACAAGGCCAACUUCCUGGGCAUGCUGUUGACAAUCAAGUGCGAGACAGACAAGAUGAGUGGAGAGCCUCUGGACACAUUGAACAUGGAGGCUCUCAGUUUCUGCCAGUCCCUGGGUAGCCCGGCAGCCACCGUGUCAGACAUUGUGAAGCUUCGAGAUCCGCUGGUCUACACCGCCAUCCAGUGCGGCAUAGACCUCGUGAAUCAUGAGGCGGCCUCCGAUGCCCAGAGAAUUCGGAAGUGGACCAUCUUGGAGAAAGACUUUUCCAUCCAGGGCGGAGAGCUGGGGCCGACAUCAAAACUUAAGAGACGUGUCAUAGCCCAGAAAUACAAAGCACAAAUCGAUAACAUGUACUUGUAG